AAAACAGACGUCACACUCAGGAAGCGGCACAGAGAAGGUCCCGCACUCGAGGACCUCAAUAAAGGCACAAAGAUAUAUUUUUUUUUAAAGAAAUAUAAAAAGAAACUUGUUUAUACUUUUCAGUGAAGUCGUGGUCAGGUUUUUAUUCGUGUUUUGUCUUUGAAGGAUUGUAGAUUAUUGUCACGAUGCCGAGAGGAGGGAAAAAGGGCCACAAAGGUCGAAGUAAGCAGUUUAGCAACCCCGAGGAAAUUGAGCGACAGAUGAAGGCGCAGAGGGAGCUGGAGGAAAACGGUGAUGUCGAGAAAGAGAGUGCAUCAGACUCUGAGGAGGAAAGUAGCAGUGACGAUGAAAAAAGUCAAAGAAGGAAUGGGGUACAAGGGUUAAUUGAAAUUGAAAAUCCCAACCGCAUCUCCCAGAAGAGCAAAAAGGCUGCUGAGGUUGAUGUUGAAGAACCGAGAGAGCUCACACGCAGAGAGAGGGAGGAGAUCGAGAAGCAGAAAGCUAAGGAGCGUUACAUGAAACUGCAUCUGGAAGGAAAGACUGAUCAGGCCAGAGCAGACCUUGCAAGACUGGCUAUUAUUAAAAAACAGAGAGAAGAUGCGGCAAAGAAGAGAGAGGAACUGAGGAAAGAAAAAGAUGCACAGGAGGCCAAAUCGAAACGUUAAGGCUCGUCCCCAUCCUGAGGACUCUGUUAAUGGGGGUGGGAGGGAAGGGACCAAAUUAAUUAGGGAAACAGCUCAGGGUGUGUCCAGACACUGUCCUUUUUAUCCUUCACUGGCAGGGACAGGUGGUGAUUUGGACAUUAAGAGUCACAUCACAUAAAGUGGGGGUUAAAGACAUGAAUUCACUGUUUUGCUUAUUGGUACCUAAAACAGGAAGCAAUAAGCAACAACCACAAUGUCCUCAUGUCCUUUCCCCUCAUACCUCUGAUGUGUCCUGAUCCUACAGCUGCAAGUUUACUCUUAAAUUUGCUCUUUUGCUAUGUUUUAAUAAAGCUUUGGGUUGUUGGCCACGGUUGCAUUCUUACUGACGUCACCUGGCAUGCUACUAGAGAGUAGGAUAGAGUAAUGAAUGGAGAAACACUAGCAAACUUGUAAAACAUCGGCUCUUAUUCUGACCUUAUUGCUGUAUGUUUUUUAUUCUCUGUGGAUAAGCUACACAUAUGCUUCCUGUUUUUUACUUAACAAAAUGUUUUCCCUACUUAUUUUUGCAUGCUAGUUGCAAGAUAUAUAAACGAAUAAAAAAUGCCAGUAAUUGUACACCAUUUAAACACAUAAUUGAUUUGUUCAUUUUGAAUGGAUCUUCAGCAGUAUUAAUAUGCACACCUAUUAUGUAUGCUUAUAAUCAGAAGUUUUUAGUACCCCCUUUUAUUUUGUUUUGAUUACAUUUCUCUGUAAAUGCCUUUUUUCCUCAUGACCAAAUCAUGAACAUACCUCUUGUAUAUCAGGCCUUGCUCACACUGGGUUUUCACAUCUGUCUAGUGUGAUGUGAUCAGACAUGGACCAAUGGAUCAGCAUCUUAAAUGCAUUUCCAGUAACCACAUGGCUAUGACACAGUGGAUUAGGUGGUGCUUUGUAUUGAAUUCACACUACAGUUUGUAUUGUCAUAUGCAUUUAAGUCGUUUGAAGGAUCUGAUUUUAGCGCAUGCUUAAAGACGCAGAGGAACAUGUUUCCACUUGUUCCUUAUGCCUUCAACUUGUGAUCAGAUCACUCAGGGUGAAUGUAAAUACCAUGUCGGAAAAGGGUCUUUUAUGCUUCAGCUUUUUGGUGGGACUUGAAUUGCCUUGAUUAUUAGCGGAAGCAAUAUUUCAGUGAUGCAAAUGAUGAAACAUUCAGCUCAGUUUGAAAAGGAAUAUAUUUACAUAAGUGUUUGAAAGAUUUGUAAAGUGUUCUCCAUGACUGAAAUAUUUAGGUGCGUUAUUGUUGGGGAGUAAUUGGAUGUGUAUCUCAAUUUGAUUUUGUGGUUUAGAAAUAAAAACAGUACAAUCA